CUGGCAACCCCCAUCCCAUCUGUCACUAAUGUCAUUGGACAGGGCAAAAGCAGGAUUCUCCCAGCAUUUUAAGGCUACUGUUUAAUUCACAUUCACAAACCUUACUUUUAAUCAUGGGUUCUGGAGAGAGCAGGACCAGAAAGGUGUCUUUUGGUGUAGACGACGAAGACAGAGUGAGAAUCCUGCGCGGAGUCAAGCUGUCGGACGAUGUUCUUCAGAGGAUGAAAGGAGUAGCCAACAUUGCUCCUGAGAAAACUGCAACAACUCCUCAGAAAGAUCCAGAUGCAUCAAGAACUCCAAGUGUAGAUUCCCAAACAAAGCAGACUCUUCCAGACAGUUCCCAAUCUUACAAACAGGAGGAGCAGAGAAGGUUUGAGGAGCAGCAACAAUUCCUGAAAGACGAACUGUCCAAAGUAGCACAGAAAGAGGCAGUGAUAGAUGAGCUCGCCAAAGCCCGGAGCAAAGAGAAACUAGAGACGAGGAGGGAAGCGGAGAAGGCCAAAGCGCUGGCUGAGAAGCUUCAGAAGAAAGACUCACAGCUGAAAGCAUUGGAAGCCUUUUAUAAAGCACAGAUCGCCCAACUGGAAAAGAGGAAUCAAGAAGAGUACGAGCAGAGCAAAGACCAGUUCCACCAAGCUGCCUCCAAGACCGAAGAACACGUGAGACCUCGCAACACAGAACCAGUUUGUACCGGUCUUCAAGCUCAGAUCCUCUCUUGCUACCGUGACAACAAAGACCAGACGCUCCGGUGCUCAGACCUGGCCAAAGAGUACAUGAAGUGUAUCCAAGCUGCCAAAAAGAACUUGAUGGUCAACCAUGGAUGAAGACAGAAGAUGUGAUUGUGUGCAGCUAUUUUUCAUGUAUGCACUAAGAAAUAUUGUAGUGUCAUAUCUUGGUUUGCUGCUUGGUUUAAAAAAAAAACAUAUUCAAAUGCUCUUACUUUUGCACUGCCAUAAUAUUUUUUUCUGAGAUUGUAUUGCGUCCACAGCUUUUAUUUUGACACACUGACAAUGAAGCAUUUCAACAGCUAUUUCAAUAGCUUACAUUCAGGGUCAGUCUAUAUAAUACUCAGUUUGCGUCCAAUAUUUUGCUACUUAUUCAACUAAUAAUGUAGGCUUGGAUGAAGAGUAGUUUGAAAAGGAAGUGAUUGCGUUUUCUUGCCGUACUGAAUAUUGGUUUUGUAUUUUAUAAGCUCAGGUAUGUCCUGGCCAUGACUCAUCCAACAUGUCAAGGUAAAAAAUAAAUGAUUUUCUUUGUA